AUGGAUCCAGCAUGCCUGCGGUACCGACUCUCUCUGGUCGUCUUAGUAUCCUCCUCUCUCUUUACACUCAUUUCACGACAGGCAUGGUAGGCUAUCGAGGCUCUCACCGAACCCGCCUCCGGCAUUCAUGACUAUUCCGGAUUCUACUUCUAUCUGCGCAACCCCGAUGAUGAAUGCAUGUUCUUCGCGCCCACCUUGCUAGGUCUCCUUGCGCAAGGCACCAACUCUUUGUAUGGCCGAAGACCACCAGAAGUCUUCACGCUCUGUCUGUCAGUGGAAAUGCGGACGGGCUUGGGAACAUGCGCCGGGACGAGCUCGGUCGAAGUUUGGACGUGCUCGGCGUGCCAUCCAGCCGUCGAUGGGUCGAGGAUAGGAGUCGUGCGCUGUUCACUUGCUGUUCACCGUUCUUUUGCGCUCCAAGUUCAGCAGCCCGAGUUGACCGGCGUCAUCGUGGGGAGGCAUGAUGGCCCUGUAGAUCCCACUCCCAGGCCCCCCGGCCUCAAGCUAUCGACA